GGAGGGAAAGAGAAGAAACCGUCCCACGUCGGACGUCCGCGGGGCUCGUCCUCUCAGACCUUACGUCAUAGCGCGCGCUUAUACAGGCUGGCGGGCCCCGGUGCGGCCGCAGACGGAGGCGCGCGCGGAGCUGACACGGCGACGGCACGAGGAGGAUGAAGCUCACCUGCGGAGAGCGGCGGCUCGUGCGUUUGGGACGGGACUAGUUCAGGAGUCGAUGCCAGUGAUGAGUUGGCUGCUGGUGUGGAUUCUAACCGCAGCCGGGAUUCAACAGGCCCACUCCCAGAAUUCCACUGCCAUGCCGCCUGCGACAGCGGCGACGCCCCCGGACGCGGAGCCGUACAACCGCACAGAGAUCUGCAAGUGGCCCUGCGAUUGCCCCCAGGUGGCCCCGAGCUGCCCGCCGGGCGUCAGCCUCUUCAUCGACGGGUGUGAAUGCUGCAAGGCCUGCGCCCGGCAGGUGGGCGAGGCGUGCAACGAGGCCGACACGUGCGACUACCACAAGGGACUGUACUGUGACUACAGCGCGGACAAGCCUAGGUACGAAAAAGGAGUGUGUGCAUAUUUGGGGGGAACCGGCUGCGAGCACGAUGGGGUGAUUUACCGUAACGGGCAGAGUUUCAAGCCCAGUUGUAAGUACCAGUGCGUGUGUGUGGACGGAGCAAUCGGCUGCGUGGCGCUGUGCACCGAGUCUCAGCCUCCGAGGGUGUGGUGUCAAAACCCACGGCGGGUCAAAGUCAGGGGUCAAUGCUGCGAGCGAUGGAUCUGCGAUGAACCCAAAAGAGGGCGCAAGACGGCGGCGCGACACGCCGUAGAGGCUUCCCCGGCGGAGACCAGGAGCUGGCACAAGAACUGCAUUACCCAGACUACCUCAUGGAGCCCCUGCUCAAAGAGCUGUGGUCGCGGCGUGUCCCUGAGGGUCUCCAAUGCCAACGAGCAGUGUGAGCUGGUCAAAGAGUCUCGCCUGUGCAACCUGCGGCCCUGCGAAGUGGACAUCACCAAACACAUCAAGCCGGGAAAGAAGUGCCUGAACAUUUACAGGGAAGCAGUGGCCUUGAACCUCACCAUCUCUGGCUGCACCAGCAGGAAGCAGUACAGGCCCAAAUACUGCGGCGUGUGCACGGACGAGCGCUGCUGCAUCCCCUACAAGUCCAAAACAAUCGACGUAGAGUUUGAGUGUCCCAACGGCUCAGCGUUCACCUGGAAGAUGCUGUGGGUCCAGGCCUGCUUCUGCAACCUCAGCUGCAGAAACCCCAACGACAUCUUCGCCGGGCUGGAGAGUUACUAUGGUUACCCGGAAGUCGUGAACUAACAGGCGGCAGUCCCGCUUCCUGUGGGAGGAUCUGUGCUUCUUUCCGUUGCGCAAUGAUGUGUAUGAUUAUGUAAAACACAUUUUCUGACUUUUUUUUCUAUUAGAAAAAAUUGGUAAAUAUGAACAAUAUGUGUGUUUCCAGAUUGGACUCCGCACUGCUUUGCAAACGCUAACGUAUUCUGCCCGUGAGUGCGUGAGAUAGUGAAGGCUUAAUUUAUUUAUCUUUUUGCAUAUGAAAUAACAUGCAAUGAUCUUGAUGCGCUUUUGAGAUCUUCAAACUCACAAGUCUACUUAGAUAAAGGAAGUUAUCUAGAGUACGCCUUAAGUU